AUGGCAAUCGGAGUCGCUCUAAUCGGAGGUGGGAUCUGGGCAAAGGAGGAGCAUCUGCCUGCUAUAUUAGCCUCAAAAGACUUGGAACUGAAAGCUAUAUACUCUCGAUCAAUUAAAUCUGCAAAAGAUGUCGCGGAGGAAGUAACAGAGAAAAUAGAUCUGUACUCGGAAGACACCUCACAGGGCUAUGAGGACAUUCUGAAGCGUGAUGAUAUUCAGGCACUGAUUGUCAGUCUCCCAAUCGCCAACCAAGUCCCGUUCAUUCGGUCUGCACUUUCCGCUGGGAAACACGUCCUAUCCGAAAAGCCCGCGGCGGAAAAUGUGGCCGAUGCAGUAGAUCUGAUCAAGUGGUAUCAUGAGAAAAAAACAGUCAACAAGAAUGUCACCUGGGGUGUAGCUGAAAACUUUCGAUAUCUCGAAAGUUUCAAAUAUGCACGGCAGCAAAUCGAGAAAUUGGGCAAGAUCAUAGGGUUUCGAGUGCGUGUCUACUCCAAUAUCAAGGAGGAUUGGAAAUUCUUCCAAACUUCAUGGAGAAAGAACCCUACACAUCAGGGAGGCUUCUUACUUGACGGCGGUGUCCAUUACACUGCUGGACUGCGCGGGUUGCUUGGCCCAGAUGUGCAUUUUACAAGACUUGCAGCUUUUACAACUCUUCUCAAAGAGCAUCUACCACCUGUUGAUACCAUGGAUGCCAUCCUCAAGACGAAUACUGGUAUUCAGGGUACUUUCCAAACAUCGGGUGCAACUACUUUGACAGGACCAGAAUGGACGAUUGCUUGCGAGAAGGGCACCGUCACUGUCGCUAAGUCUGAAGUGACUGUCCGCCCUCUUGAUGGAGAGGAGGUGACCAAAACUAUUACCGAUGAGCGUACUGGUGUGCCGCCAGAGAUUCGAGCUUGGGGAGAAGCUCUAGCUGCUGGAAAACAGAAUCCGGAACAGACUCCUGAAGAGGCGUUGGCGGAUUUGGAAUUGAUCGAGUUGAUGCUGCGCAGUGGCGAGCAAGAAGGCCAACCCCAGAUUUGCCAACAUCAAACUACAGGACAGUAUUAG